AUGACGCACUCAGAAGUUUUGUCCGCCAUACAUGGAAGUCCGUUACCGUUGUCAUUCAAAGAGAUUGAACUUUUACGCAGAGGCCUACCCAAAACGGCUGAAAAGUUAAUAAAACUUAUGAACAAUGUCGGAUUGCAACAUGCAGUUUCUACUGGCCAGAUUGAUAAAAGGACUUUCCAAGAUUUGCGCAAAUCACUCGUAUUUUUGAAAACAGGUAACUGCCACAUGAACUACGUUGAACCGCAGUGCAAAUGCGCUAUUCUUGCAAGAAAUAUCAGGCUGCCAAAGGCGCCAGUUGUGAAAGCUCUUUUAUCUGCUGCAAUCAUCAAAACAUCUACGACGAUGCGAAUCAAACUCCUUGAAGAUAUUCUUGAUUUUGAUUACAUGCCGUUGUUCGAAAAAGAAGUUGGCUUUGGAAUUAUGUCUAAUGUGAGCAAAUUGACGAAAAGAAUUUACAAACGUCCAAGACAAAUAUAUUUGGAUGUGACAGAAACCAUACGCAAAUUUCAGAAUCUGAGUUUCAAUGAACGUUUGCCACGAAUAUUCCAUUUACGCUGCGAACUGGAUGUUGUGGACCUUGGCAAUAGAUCGUCAUCUGCCUGUCCUAAAAUUUUGUGGCCCGGAAGUCAAUUUACUUUGCAAAUGUACACCAAACCUUUGAAGAAAGUAAUCAACUGGUACUCUAAGCGAA